AUAUGCAACAUGGUGGUAGUUAUGGAGGUGAUCUCCUUUUUGGAGAAAUAUCCUAUCACAAAAGAGGCCCUGGAGGAAACUCGUCUUGGCAAGCUCAUCAACGACGUCCGGAAGAAAACCAAGAAUGAGGACCUUGCGAGAAGGGCGAAGAAGCUCCUGCGAAACUGGCAGAAGCUAAUCGAGCCAGGGAAGGGUGAGGUGUUGUCCAAAGGGCACACCGGUGCAUCGUGGUCUUCCAAUGGUGGUGCUCAUCCCUGCAUCCCCGCUCCGGCUGCCACCACGCCAUCAGGUAAAACUGGUCCCGAGCUGAAGAACAGAAAUGACUUCAACAACUGCUCCUCCCCUCGGGUGGAAAAACCGAGCAACAGGAAGCGUAAGGGUGAUCAGAAGGAAGGACAGCUCUUACCAGCCAAGAUAUCCAAAACGACUCUUAAUGAUAAAAUACAAAACUCCAAACAGCUGCCAACCAAUGGAAUUGGCGGUAGCUCUGAAAUUUUUACAGAUACUCGUGCACAUCAGCCUUUAGACAGGGAGCUUUCUGAGCCUUUGGACAGCGACAGGCCAAAUAAAAUCCCUGUCAAUGCUGUAAAACCUCAUCCAAGUGCCCCUGGGUACAGCAAGCCUCCUAGCACUUCUUCUUUGCUAAAAGCAUCAGUUCUGCAGCAGCAAGCCAGACAGGAGCACGCUGCCUCUGGGGGGCAGCAUCGACCCAGAAGCCCACGCGGUUCCUUGCACAGUCCUCAAACUCCUCAAACUCCAAAGCAGGAAGCUGGUGUUAAACAAAAUCCAUCACAAGCACAGAGUCUUUCUGGCCCCACUGUGAGGCCUGGGUCUGUGGAUACCUCUGGGCUGGGGUCAUCCCCUCAGCCUUUCAGUGUUUGUGUUCAGGGUUUGCACACUGACGGUUCACGGUCCGCAGAUUUGGACUCUAAAAGCAGGCUUCUCCAUACAUCUCUUCACAACUCGUAUGGCUCCUCCUGCAGUGAUGGGGUCAGUUUGGAAGAUGAUAGUGCUGUUAGCAAUACAGGGAAAAGGAAAGGACAGAAAUACAAGCCUAAGGACUGUGUGGUGAAGGUAGAUGGACAGACUGUUGAAGACAGCACUAAACCAGUCAGGUUAAAAGACAGGAGACUGACAUUUGACCCUGUAACAGGACAGAUCAAGUCCUCCUUUCAUAAGGAGUCUUGCCAGGAGGGGGAGGUAAGACAGGGCAACAAACCUGAAUCUCAGUGGUCAGAACAGCCGAAGCAGAAUCCACCAGUCGGUCCGAGUCCCUUCCAGCAGACAGACUGGAAAGAGCUGUCAAGGAGCGAAAUCAUCCAGUCGUACCUUAGCCAGCAAAGCAAUGUGCUGACAACAUCAGGCGCCCACACUCCUGGUGCACACUUUUUCAUGACAGAGUUCUUGAAAAAAGAGGAACACCAAAGGAAAGAUGCCAAGGAAACACACACGUUGGCUCGAGAACUCCCAGCCAGGGAUUUACCGGGGGUUAACAGAGACGUCAACAAUGAAGACCUGAAUAAAUUACACACACAACACUGGUCCGGGGUUAACGGUUGCUACGACACAAAGGGCAAUUGGUAUGACUGGACGUCUUGCAUUUCCUUAGACCCGCACGGAGACGAGAGCAGGUUGAACAUACUGCCGUACGUCUGUCUGGAUUGACACUGAGGUCAGGUUUCUGAAUUGGAGGAGUCAAGCUGCCUUCAUCGUACAGCGGAGCCACUUUGCAUGUGUGAAGGCGCUUCAUAUAAGUGUAAGCUGCUGUUUUUGCACCGAUGGUGAAAAGUGGUGUCAAUGUGCUGCCUGCAUGGAUGUGUGCCGAGUGCACGGAGGGUGUAAUAAGUGUUUUGAACAUUGGAUGAAGACAGGGCGAAGGAAACAAAGGCUAUGCAUUAUCUGACCUUUCAGUUGUUAGUGUUCAGUAACUGUAAAGAUUGAGUUUCCAAUACCUGCCAUUCUUUCUAUGUAAGACGACAUCACGUUAAACUGCACAGUUACAUUUUAUUCGUCUUGUGUUAUCCAUGUGCCUCGUGGAAUGUGACUUUACUGAGUUUAUUUUGUGCACCCGCUCUCAUUUAGUCCACAGUGCAGUAUUUUAUUUCUUUUUUCAUUUGAAGUUUAGUUCAAGUUUAUGUAAAAAAAAAAAAAAAGAAUAAAUCUGUGACUCAAUCAACAUCAUCACCUUUCAGUAGAGACUAAUAAGCUACAUAAUUGGAGCAGACAUCCAACAGAUACAUGUCCCAGUGUGGUUUUUUGUUGCCAUUUGCUCAUUCAUCUUGAACAAGGCUAUGUAGCUGUUAAAGCUGAAUUAUAUCUUUAAGUAGCUACUUUCAAUUACCAUUGGUAUUAACUACUAUCAACUGUUAGUGCUGUGAAAAACAUUUAUCAUUGCACCUUUUUAAAACCGCUGUCCUGCCGUUGCACAAAUGUCUCAUGCAGCGACUUCAAGCAGAAAGAACUGACAAAUUAGUUUUAAAAACAUCUUAAUAUUUUUCUUGUGUUUUUGAGUUUUGAAUGCUGUUAAAUAAUAAAUAAAACAUAAAAUCUGCCAGAUGUGACUGUGCAGUUUGAAAGAAAGGCUUGUGUUGGGCUAGAACAAAACACGCUGAUGGAAAAAAAUGUGGCUGUCAUGUGUGAUAUUUAUUUACAUAUUCAUUUUAAGAUUAUAUACAUGUUCAGAUUACAAUAAAACUAUCUUUUGUUAGAUUUCUUUAUUCGGAAUUGGUUCAGUGAUGCAGCAGCGACUUCCCGAACUUUUCCUGCUGAUACACCAACCUACCUUACACAGGAAAACUCUCCAAAAUGACACAUUUUUAUAAUGUGAACUAAUUUUGUUUUAUACUUGCCUUUUCCCUUUACUGUGUAUUUAGGUUGUAAAAAAUAUGAAUUAAAAUGGCAGAGCAGAUUAUACUACUAGCUUACAUCUUUGUACUGUCAGGAAGAACUGAGGUAAAAAUUGACAUGCUGGAUAAAGUACUUACUAUCAUUCCUUUUAGAUAUUGUUUGCCUUAUGGAAACCUGUGUUUUCCCUAAAGACAGAGCCUUAGUGAAUGUACAGAAAUUAGCCUUUUGUGUUCAGUCGAAUGCAGAAGAGACCAUAUUUGCUACUUAGUCCUUUAAGUGGACAUGUUGACAUGUGUUAAUAAAAAAAA